AUGCGGGAAGUGAACAUUCAAGCAGAAGAAGAGCUGAAAAAAAUGGCGGACGAAGGGGAGGUAGCACGAGGUCCGAUUUUCAGAGACAUCAGAAGAUAUUACUGCGAGUACUGUGGAAUAUGCCGAUCUAAGAAAGCCUUAAUUGCUCGUCACAUACUAGCUGAGCACGAGGAGAAAGUGAGGGAGAAGAAGGUAGACGAGGACGAAGGGCAUGAGGAGGAGAAGCUGAAUAUUUGCGGCGAUUGCGGCGCAAGUUUCAGGAAACCUGCUCAUCUGAAACAGCAUAUGCAACCUUUUGCAUGCCCAGUGAAUGACUGCAACUCUAGCUACAGAAGGAAGGACCACCUAUCGAGACAUAUGCUUCACCAUGAGGGAAAACUCUUUGAAUGUCCAAUUGAGGACUGCAAGCACCGAUUUGCAUAUCAGGGUAAUAUGACGCGGCAUGUGAAAGAGUUCCAUGAAGAACCUGUUUCUGAUGAUGAUGAGAGUCUUGAGGCCCCAAAGGAACACAUCUGUCAAGAACACGGGUGUGGAAAGGUCUUCAAGUAUCGAUCCCAAUUGCUUAAACACGAGAGUUCUCAUGUUAAGUUAGACUCGGUGGAAGCACUAUGUGGAGAGCCCGGAUGUAUGAAAUAUUUCACAAAUGUGAAGUGCCUCAAGGAGCAUAUUAGGUCCUGUCAUCAGUAUGUGACAUGCGAUAAAUGUGGUCAAAAGCAGCUUAAAAAGAACAUUAAACGUCACAUGCGAAUGCAUGAGUCAGUGAAUACCUCUGAGAGAAUCAAGUGUAGCUUCGAGGGAUGCUUGCUAACGUUUUCAAAUAAUUCGAAUCUCAAGAUGCAUAUCAAUGCUGUUCAUUUGGAAAUAAAACCAUUUGCCUGCGGCAUACCUGGCUGUCACAUGAAAUUUGCAUUUAAGCAUGUUCGGGACAAUCAUGAAAAAUCUGGGUGUCACGUCUACACUCCGGGAGAUUUUGAAGAAUCUGAUGCUCAAUUUCGGUCAAUGCCGAGAGGUGGCCGGAAAAGGAAGUUACCUGUUAUUGAGACGCUGCUGAGGAAAAGGGUUGUCCCGCCUAGUGAAUCCGAGCUUGGUAUGACCUCCUCCAGUGAUGAAGAACAGGAUAUUGUGAGUUCUAUUCACUGCUGA